AUGGAGGGAGGGCUGGAGGAGAGGGAGAGGACACACGGCUGCCUACCAAUCACACCUUUAGAACGACAAGGCGCCCAUCGAUCCACACCGUCCUCACACUCCACUGCCAAUGGAGAGGUGGGAAGUGGAAUUUUGACUGCUAUAACGACAGGGGCAACAGGUAGCCUGGCAUAUAAUGAGCCCAUUAAAUCCCAUGAGGCUGAGAAUUUGGCGGCAAAAAAAGAGCUGGCUGACAUAUUGGACGGGACGCGGAAAGACACGAGGAAGAGACACGGAGAGCCGGAGGAGGAACUAAAGCUGAAGAAAAUUGUCACUGUUAUGAAGAGCUUUGGGUUCGCUGUUGCCAUAGAUACUCCAUGGCCUUUCCACUCGGAGAGUGCUGCUGAAUCAACGCAUUACUCUGGCACUCCGAGGCAGGUGAACACAGCCCAAAAGAAAUCAAUGGGGAAGAGAAGCACAGCAAACUCGACUGGAAGCCUGGAGCUCCAGGGACUACAGCAGACAGCUCUCACGGAGCAUCCAACGCCUGCCACAGUCCAGGCAAACCAUCCCGAGGACAAGGGCCAAAACAAGAGAAAAGGGAAAAAGACAGACAGCGGUGCCCCAAAGAGGAGCAAGAAGAAUGACACCCGAAGAAAAGAUGGAUCGCCGGAUGGCUGUGCGGGAGCAAAUAAUGAACGAAGCCCCCUUCCCGCGCCCCCUCGCAUUUCUCUAAGAGACCUGAUGGAGGCUGAGACAAAGUUAGUGUUCGGUGACGAACAGGACAUUACCCACAAGUCCCUGGCCUCCACCGCCACACAAUUAAUGUGUCAAGCGGCUGAAAUAGGAGGGCCUCCGAGUGGACCUAAUCUCAGCUUUCUGCCUCAAAUUGACAAAUGGCUCGAUGUAGCUUUACAGGACGCCAACUCGUACUACCAACAGAAGAAAUAUGCCACUGCAGCCAGCCGUUUCACUGCUGCACUAGAGCUGUGUUCCAAAGGCUCCGUGUUUGAGAAACCUUUUAAUGCUGGUUAUGAAGACAUCUGUAAAGUUGCCAGCUUUGUUGAGUCCAGAAUAGUCUCCUGCUAUCUCCGAAUGAAAAGGCCUGACCGGGCAUUGCUGCAUUCCUACAGGAGCAUCCAGCUAAACCCCAUACGUUUUCAGAACCACCUUCGACAAGCCAUGGCGUAUCGACUGCUGGGAAACCCCUGCGAGGCAGCGAGGGGCGCCAUGAUUGCUGACUACAUUUACUGGCUGUCAGGAGGCAACAACCGGCACAUAAGCAAGCUCAUCAAACUGUAUUGGCAGGGGCUCCUAGAGGCAGCGCUCACUAUGAAGAAGAAUUUCUCAGUCAUGUUCACUGCCUGGUCUGAAAAACCAUCCUCAAACAUCAUAGAGAAAAUAGAGGAGGCCUUCCGGAAGCUUCAUCCCGCUUUCACAGACUACAUUUUUACUGACCCAAGUGGAGGUCAUGUGUUGCCACAGACAACAGACUGGAGUCAACCUUCAUCCACACAGAGUUACUUCCUCACCCUAGGCUUCAGAAGGAGAGAUGAUGGAGACUUCCUACAUAAACUGCUCCACGGGAGAUGUCCAACAUUUACAGGGCAAAGAUCUCCAUUCACUCCUCCCAGCUAUAGAGACCUUGAGAUGAUGUAUGAGAUGCAAGGAAAGAAGAUCCUGCCCGUUCUAGAUUUCAUUAAGUGCACUAAGCUAAGUGUGGGAUUUUCCCAAGGAUCUGUACUCAUAGAGCGACUGCAGUAUGCUAGUGUCCUAGGACAGCUGAACAGGUUCAGAGAACACACGCAUGUACUGCAGUACACGCUAGCUGAGCUAGCGGUCGCACCCUACCUGCAGGACAUCAGUCCUUCUGACACAGAGCUGCUGCUGGCUCUAAUGGCAGACACCAUGGACACCCUUGAAGGCAAGCGGCCUGAUCAGGAACGUGUGUGGAAUGCAAUGCAAAAGGUGAUGGCAGUGAAGGAGAUGCUUUAUCAGCUAGAGGAGGCCUACCUAAAGGAGGCGGUGCUGAGAGCCACCAGAAAGCAAAAGGCUAAAGCGAAGAAAGCCCUGAAAAGCUGUCCCUCAGGAGUCCCCCACACCACCUCAGGGCCGACCGAACGCAGCGGCCGACCCUCAGCCCAGUCAUCCAAUAAGUGA